CAAGAAGCUAGAAGCAAUGGCACUGCACAACAAUGGAAAUAUCCAUGGUUUAGCAAGCUACACAGAGACAUGGCGGAAGAAUUGGGUUACUCGAGAGAAAGAUUAGGUGCGAUUCGAUAUGAAUUACUUUCGACAUUUCGCAUCCUAAAUCGAGUCGAAUAUCAGUUGCUUGAGAUUGAAUACUGGAAUUGGCUUUCAGAUCAAAAAUUAAUGUGUAGCAAUCAGGACAAGUCUCCUGUUUGCAAGGAAAUUGCUAAAGAGCGUGACGCUUAAAAAAUUUGCAUACAUCAAAUGAAAUUAAUAAAAAAAAAAAAAGUUGUUUAUAUUACAAUUUUCAAGAAAAUGUGGAGAAAGAAAAGUAAAUUAGAUGAUUCAGACACACGCAGCUUGACGAUCACUCAGAAUUUGGAGGGAGCAGUACAUUCCCUUACCGAAGCCAAUAAAACCAUGGGUCAUACAUUAAACGCACUCAUGGAUUUCACCAAAGAUUCACAUCGCCAGGCACAUGCGACACAAUGUGAAAUAUCUUACGAACUUGUCACCCAAGAAGAAAUCGUGAAUGCGAGCCAUGAACUCAUUCCCGAUCUUGUCAUAGAGUGCCGUAACUUAUUGGAAAGAGUGAAUCAACAUUUAUUCGAACUCAAGAAAAAAGAAACAAAACUGAAAGAAGUGGUGAAGGGAAAAGAUGCCAUGAUAGAAAAACUGAAGCACGACAUUAAUAAUGUGCAUGGAAACUCAAGAGUUGAUAUUGUCGAUAACGAGAAGAGACUUAGCUUAAGUAGCACGAAAGAAAGACUAAUAGAAGAAAUCGCAAGAGAAAAGAAAAAAAAGGCAGCUGGACUUGCCAAUUUAAAGAAACUUAAGGCUUCUAACGAGGAGGCAUUAAAUAAACAAAAGGAGGGUCUACUUUCUAGUGAAGGUUGGCAACGAUAUCAAACAGAUUCCAUAAAAGAAAUAGCACAAUUGAAAAGUGAGCAUAUCAGAAAGCAAAAAGAACUACAGGAAAAGAAACAAUUGAAAGAGAGGGAAGCUGAUGAAGCUUAUUCAGAACGGAAGGACCUUUUAACCACUAAGGAAUCCAUAGCAACGUUUACCGAGCAAUUAAAGACAAUUCAAAACGCCAUGAGUAAACUCAGAGAAUCGGGAACAACUGCAUCAGUUACACAAUGCGAGCAAUUAUGCGAUGGGUAUCUUGGGGCACUACAUAGAGAAACAGAAACGUCACCGAUUGAGCUAGGACCAUCAAAGAUUGAAAAGAUAAAAACGCUAUGCAGGUUGUUACUUGCUAAUCGUAUGAGUGGUAAAACGACAGGACGAAUUAUAGAACUAUUACUGUCGAAGGGAGAAGUAGGUAUUGAAAUAUUUUUGGAAGAAUUCCCGUGGACAGAAGAUGAACGACAUAAUUUUGCCAACGUUACAAUUAACCUUGUACAAAAUAAUAUUUUAUUGCAAAAUGGGACUAAUUUUUCAUUGAAACAGUAAACAAAAUGCACACAUGCCCUAAAU